AUGAUAAACCAAUUUUUCAAUAGUCCUGACAAGAAUCAGAAACAACCUCUCAACAAAUCCAACACGUUUUUUGAUGACAAAUUUGCCAAGGAUUUGUUUGCAUCCUUCACUGAUAUGAAAACACCUGCAACAUCAACAACAGUUAAUGAUGGUGGAGAAUUAGAUUUAUUCAAUGAUCCGAUGCUUGUUUCAACACCUACCCCAACUUCAUCGGGAUCAUCCAGUACUUUCUUCUCAGCAAUGAUUGCUAGUGAUGACUUGAAUGCUAAUAAUUCCAAUCACUCGGUGGAUGUUAAUAGUAGUAAUGCCAAUAACAAUUCCACACCAUCCUUUUCCUCUCACAUGAGAGAGAGCAUGGGCAAGAAACAAAUUAUUGAAGCAAAGGCAGAAGAAAUUCAAAACAACGUGGAUAAACCAAAAGGUAAAAUUGAAAAGAAGAAGAAACAAAAGAAAUUCAAACCAACAAAUUUACUAUUGAACGCUACCAAGGCAGAAGUUGUUGAGACGAAAGCAGAAGAACCACUGAAACCACCACCUAAAAAUGAUGAAGGCACUUACUCCCAAGUAGAUUAUGAAAUAACUGCCUCUGGUGCUUUUUGGAUUGAUGAUGUUAAAAUUACAGAGGAGGGUAUCACAAAUAUGCCAUCAACAAUUUGUACCCAAACACAAUCCCAAUCACCAUUUAAAGCUACACAUCAUUUGGAAUCUAUCACCUCACCAACAAAAUCCAGUCGUUUCAUGAACCAAACCAAUGGUGCCAAUCUGUUACAUUUUGAAAGGAAGAAACAUGGCCAAAAGAAGAUUACUUCUGUGUCAUUUUCUGAUUUGGAAACUAUUAAGAAACUCGGAGAAGGUGCAAGUUCCACAGUUGAAUUGGUCAAAGAUAACACUGGAAAAUUAUAUGCCAAAAAGAUUGUCAAAUUAGCAAAGGAUAUUCAACCUAAAUUAAUUUUAUCUGAAAUUACAACUUUAUAUAAUUGUGUUGAAUGUUCGAACAUUUUGAGGCUCUACAAUGCCAACUUUGCAGAUAAUAAGAUUAAUAUUUUAUUAGAGUAUAUGGAUGGAAACUCCUUAGAGUCCCUUGCUGGAAUUAAAAUUCCAGAAAGAAUUUUGGAAAUGAUUACAUUCCAAGUGCUGAAAGGCUUGUAUUUCUUACAUUUUAGAAAAAAGAUUGUACAUAGAGAUUUGAAACCAGCAAAUAUCCUCAUCAAGCUGAAUGGUGAAGUGAAAAUUAGUGAUAUGGGUUUGACAGGUAUUUUUAAAAAGAAUAACCAAGUAACCGAAGGAGGAAAAUACGGACUAAGAAAUCAACACGUAUGGAAUACAUGUCAAGGAACAAUCAUGUACAUGUCACCUGAGAGAAUUAAUGAAAAACCUCACUCCUACAAUAGUGAUAUUUGGUCUCUGGGUGUGACAUUGGUGGAGUUAGCAUUGGGCGAAUUCCCAUUCAAAUCUGGUUCCUAUUUCGAUGUAAUGGACGAAAUUAACAAUGUAGAAACGAAGAACCCACUCGAAGGAAAGGGAUAUUCAGAAGUAUUUGAAGACUUUAUCAAGAAUUGCCUCAAAGUAUCGCCUGAAGAUAGAUACUCAUGUAGAGAUUUAUUAAGUCACGCAUUUGUGUUCAAGUAUCUCAAUACCCCAGACCAAGAAAUUUGUGAACAAAUUGCCAGAUAUAUGGCUGAUGUUGCCAAACAGAAGAACCAAACCCAUUAACUGGACUAUCAUUCUUUUUGUGCUUCACUAAGGAAAACAAAAGUAAUGAUAUGAUGGAACUUUAUUGGAGUAAAUUAGUGUGGAGAAGUAUUAAACUGGAAACUAUUUUACUUUGUAACAAUUGUACAUAUAAAUCUAUCGAGUAAUACAUUAUUGC